CUCCUGUUUGCCAGAGCGGCCCAGCCCUUUGCCGGCUCCAACCCACCCGCCCUUCCGCACUUUUGCACCCUGCACAUCCAUGAAGUCGCUGUUGCUGGCCGCAGCCCUCUGCGCUGCACCACUCCUUACGCAGGCCCAGCAGGUGUCCCUGCAGUCCCUGUCGGGCCCCGUGCCAACCGGCCUCCCCAGUGUCGUUGGCAACUGCGUCAGCAUGCGCCAUAACUUCACCGACAGAACGAGAAUCGCUGCUCCGGCCACCACCAACCCGCAGCGCCGAGGCGCUCCUCCGUUGAUCGACUACACCAUCUACGACUGGACCAUCGAUUACUCGAAGAGUCUGGCCACGUUCGGUGCCAAUGGCGGUGUUAUGCUCUCGGCCCUGCCUCCAGACACCCUCAACCCUUAUGGAUCGAGCACGGUCAUGUCAACUACCCGCUACAUGCCCUAUGGCCGCAUCGAGGCCCGCAUCCAAAGUGUCAGCCAGGUCGGCUUCGUGACCUCCUUCAUCACCAUGGCCGAUAUUGGUGACGAAAUCGAUUGGGAGAUGGUCAACGGCCAAGCCCAGACCAACGUUUUCUACCACAUCAACGAGAACGACCCUCCGUGGAACCUGACCAAGCUCGAUCCCGAGAAAGGCGAUCACUACUCUGCUCAGGACAUUGGCAGCCUUUCGGACUGGCACAUUUAUGUGAUCGACUGGAAGCAUGAUGUCAUCAACUACUACGUUGAUGGUCUCCUGCGCAAGUCGUUCAGCAAGGCCGUCGAUGGUGCCAAUUCGCCGCAGGUCAAGAGUGGAUUGAUUCCGUACUGGUAUCCGGUCGAGCCCGGACUGGUGCAGAUUUCGCUCUGGGAUGCUGGCGACACGCCCGCUCUGCAGAGCUGGGCUGGAGGCGCAACCGACUGGUCAGGCACGAACCCGACGACGGGCCGAUCGGCGAUUGUCGAAUAUGUUGAUAUCCAGUGCUACGAUGAUAAAGACAACCCGGUGCCCCGAUGGCCCGCCAACACACUUGACAAUCGCGCCGGCUACGGCGUGGUCGACCCUCCCAUGAACCCCGAUGGCACCGUCAACGGCCAGAGCAACCCCUUUGUCGACCACCCCAGCACCAACACAUCCAACCUCCCCUCCGGCAGCGGCGGCACCAACGCGACCUUCUCCAACCCUGCCAACCUCAACCGCCCGGCCUACUCUGGCGCCAUCCGUCUGGGAUCCUCCGUGGUGCUCUACUCUGCCCUUGUUUUGGCGUCGCUGCAUUUUUUGAACAUCUAGAUUGCAUUUUCACCGUUCAGCGUGGAGGAGGGCAAUGCUCGAUUGGCCAGCAGC